AAACACUUCAAGUGAGAUAGUAACGCAGCUGUCACUUGUGAAAUACUACUACAAAGCCCACACCCUCUCCCUUCUCUCUUUGGCCAGCAAAUUAGAGUUUGCAGCUGUCAGAUCUCUUUCUCUCUCCUCCACCACCACCCUUUUCUCUCUCCCUUUUCCUUUUCUCUUUAAAUAAUAAUAUUUUCACAAAACAACCCCUUUUUAUUUUCCUUUCCAUAUAUUUUUGUUUUAAUUAACCAACUCCUCUGUCACAAACAACCAUCAAAUAAUAACGAUACCACACCAUCAUAAACCACACCCACCACCACCCCUUUCUCUGAGACCUCUUCAAAUCCAAUGAUUCUCCUGUCGUGAGAAGAAGAAGGGGCGUUGUUGAAUGGUGGAGGAGGAGAACUACAACACUCAGAGAAAGUCAGAAACAAUGGUAACCAGAGAUCAGAAGAAACAAAGAGCUUAACUAGCUUUCAUGCAUAAACAAAGACACCCUUUUCUUCCUUUGACACCAUGGCUUACCCACAUUACCGAUCGCAGUUCGGAGACACAACGUUCACUAAGGUCUUUGUUGGAGGCCUAGCUUGGGAGACUCCAACCGAAGAAAUGCGCAAAUAUUUUGAGCAGUUUGGUGACAUUCUUGAAGCUGUCAUUAUCACUGAUAAGAACACAGGAAAAUCUAAAGGCUACGGAUUCGUAACAUUCCGUGAUCCAGAAUCAGCUAGAAGGGCAUGUGCUGAUCCAAACCCAAUGAUAGAUGGAAGAAGAGCAAAUUGUAACAUUGCUUCUCUUGGGAGGCCUAGACCAUCACCACCUAGAGGAAGGGGUACAUUCCAAGGAGGAGCGGGAACGGCGUCGUACGGUGGCGUUCCGGCGGGAGGAGGAGCGGCACUUGCGCCGCCGCCACCACCGCUAGUGUACCCGCCAUAUGGCUACCCUACCUACACCCCUGAUUAUGGGUACCACCAAGCCACAUUGUAUAACCCACAAAUUCAGCAACCACAAUACUACCAACAACUCUAUGGACCAUCAUCUUCCACCAUGGGUUCACCAUAUUACUAUGGCUAUUCUGUGCAAGCACCAAGAGGCACAUUUUCUACACCCCAACCACAUCGCAUACCAGCUGGACCCUCUUAUCUAUACUACCCUACACCCAUGGAAGCCUCAUUCCCUGCAUUUCGUCCACCACCUCAAUUGCAACAACUAGCAAUAAGGCACCCCCCUCCUUCCCCUAGUGAUUCACAGACUCAGCAGCGUACCUCCUCCGAGACAGCAGGUGGAGUAGUUAUAACUUCAGAAAGUUCAAAUACCCAAGGGAGGAACUGAUAAAUAUAUAUACCUGCUAAGUUUCAACUGUAUCAUCUUCAAAUUAAAUUUUAUCACAUUAAUUCUUGAUCUUUUUCAACAUCAUAUCUUCAUUUUUUUGGUCCACAUGCUGUAGCUUUUAGGCAAUAAUGGUUCUCAUCAGAUUAGUUGUGUUCCCCACAGCUAUGGCAUUCAAAAGUUGGACUAAUCUACUUCAUGGAGAUUAUCUUCAUUUUCUUUUCCUUCUUCUCAAGGAUUUCACCUAUAUCAAUUUUACUAAUUAAUUCUAUUUUCUUUUUUAAGUUA